UGCUUGGAAGAAAUAAUAAAGGAAAUCACUCAAGUUCGAUUUGAGGUUAACAUUCUCAUGGAGAACAAAACAUUGGCGAGAGCUAAGAACUGUGCUGAGCUGUACAAAUCCGGCCGAAGGAUCAGCGGUGUUUACGCAAUCGACCCAGAUGGUUUAGGUGCCUUUAAUGUGUAUUGUGACCAAACAACAGCCGGUGGGGGCUGGGCAGUGUUUCAGAGGAGACUAGAUGGCUCUUUUGAUUUUAACCGCACUUGGAACGACUACAAACAUGGCUUCGGUAACUUGGUCGGUGAAUUUUGGCUUGGCCUGGACAAGAUAAACCGCCUGACACGAAAUGAGACAUAUAACAAGCUUCGAGUAGAUCUGGGAGUAACUACUGACAAAACCGUUCACGCUGAGUAUGACUGGUUCGGGAUUGGGACCGAGAUGGCUAAGUAUCGGCUGUACAUUGGCAAUAUUACAAAUGCGACGGUUUUCUCUGAUUCCCUUAGUCCUCACAGAGAUUUCGCUUUUGGUACCUGGGAUAGAAAUUCAGCUGAUUGCGCUCAAAAAAGAGGCGGAGGCUGGUGGUAUGGCAACAAUAGUUAUUGUGCUAUUUUGUCGAAUCUCAACGGAAUUUAUCCGCGUUGUGGAAAUAAAACCAGGGCUGAUAUCCACUGGGGAAAAUUGGUUUCAAACAGUGCCGAGAGCAGUGCUCCCACAUCGACUGAAAUGAAAAUUAGAUCAGUGGACUUCUUUUAGAACUUUCAGACGAAUAAGUGAACACCCUAUUUCAGCUGUUUGCACGGACGUACCUGCGUACAUGGACGAUACGCACCUGGUCUAGAAAAUAUAUUUACUGGUAUAAAUAGUGUCACUGAUGAAUGCACUCUUGUUUAUUGUAGGCUUGUCAUAUCUUUGUACAUUUUCAUAUUUUCGAGAGAUCUACGUUUGAAUACAUGUAUCUAGUAAAGCAGUGAUCCUCGCAGAGAGGUACCGAAUUAAAGCAAUUGUUAAAAAGAAACCUGUGUCUGCCAGACACUAGUUGGGCGAUAUUACGGACUGAGGUACAAGGCACAGGGGAUGCACAUUCAAGUAUGUUGAGCGGUGAUCAUUGGACAGAGGAGGAUGAGAGCUGUAUGAUUGUAAUUCAUCAAAGAAUAUGUAUAAUACAAGCAAGCAUAAUCGGAACUGAAUAUUUCUAGGAAAGUGUUUUACAAAAAUUUGUUUUAAAGUUUCGUUAAGUAAGCCGUGUCGAGCAGUUCAAUUGAAAAGCACAACAUAUUUCAACUCCAGAAAAAACUAAGCCGCAAAUCAUUGUUCGACUUGAUGUCGAAUGUAAUGCGAGAUUGCAAUAUAUUGGCUUCGCUUUAUCAUGCUCUGUGAUUAAUGCAAAAAAAUUCCUGCCAUCCUUUCAGUAUAUGAGUUGGAAAACUGAAACCAGUUAUGUCGUGACCACUCUCGUCUUCUAGUACUUCAGACGAUUUACUUCUUAUUAAAUUACUUCCCGCAGGUUCCAUCUUAUAUUUUCCUUUGUUGUAAUCGGCUGUUUUGUAGUUUUUAAGUUUUGAUUUACGAAAAUCAAUCAAAAUGUACUUUUAUUAUUUUUUGGUUAUUUACAAACCUCACACGGCGUCUUAGGAACACCAUUGCGGAUCCAAAACGCUGUGGUUACGAUAUCGGAAAGCCAAACAGGAGCUACUCUCUUCAUUCUCUCCACUCGGUCUCUCCACAACUUAUCAAAGUUUAAUUCUUUGCCUUUUCCCUUUGUUUUGUUCUAUUUUUCUUUAAGAUCUUCCAAAUUCAUUUUUCUAAAGGCAGAUCUACUUCAACUAUCGGUCCCCAGUGUUGAUAGCGACUCAUCU